AUGGGCGACGGAAAGAUGAAAGCACUGUUCUAUGACGGCCCAUUCAAGGUGUCCGUCAAGGAGACCGAUAUCCCAAAGAUCCAGCAUCCCGACGAUGCCAUCAUCAAGGUCACCACCGCAUGUAUCUGUGGCAGCGAUUUGCACAUGUACGAGGGAAGGACUGCAGCUGAGGGCGGGAGUGGACUGGUCUUCGGCCACGAGAACAUGGGUGUGAUCACAGAAGUUGGGCCUGGUGUCAUGCUGUUGAAGAAAGGAGAUCGCAUCGUUCUUCCAUUCAACGUGGCGGACGGCCGUUGCAGGAACUGCGAAGAGGGCAAGACGGCUUUCUGUACUGGCGUCAACCCAGGCUUUGCCGGAGGUGCCUAUGGAUACGUGGCAAUGGGGCCAUACCAGGGCGGACAGGCGCAGUACCUGCGUGUCCCAUUUGCCGACUUCAACGGUCUGAAGCUACCUUCGGGAUCCGAGCACGAGGCUGACUUCGCACUGCUGGCCGAUAUCUUCCCAACCGGCUGGCACGGCCUGGUCCUCAGCGGAUUCAAGCCUGGCGAGAGUGUUGCAGUUUUCGGAGCAGGCCCAGUCGGCAUGAUGGCCGCAUACUCUGGUGUCAUCCGAGGCGCAAGCAAGGUCUUCGUGGUCGACCAGGUGAAGGAGCGACUGGACCAGGCCAAGAAGAUUGGCUGUAUCCCGAUCAACUUCCGGGACGGCGACCCAGUGGAAGCCAUCAUUAAGCAGAAUGAUGGUAUGGUUGACCGUGCUGUGGACGCCGUCGGAUACCAGGCUGUGGACAAGGAGGGAUCGAAAGAGCAGCCGAACGUGGUCUUGGACCAGUUGAUCAUGGUUACGCGACCUACGGGAGGCCUUGGCAUUCCGGGCCUCUACGUCCCAUCCGACCCAGGUGCGCCAGACGAGAAAUCCGGCAAGGGCCAGAUUCUCCUCAGCUUCGGCAAGCUCUUCGAGAAGGGCCUAUCGCUCGGUACUGGCCAGUGCAACGUGAAAGCCUACAACCGCUACCUGCGCGACCUUAUCAUUUCCGGGCGCGCGAAGCCGUCGUUCGUCGUCUCCCACGAGUGUGGGCUCGAUGAGGCGCCAACCGCAUAUGACAAGUUCGAUAAGCGUAUCGAGGGAUACACCAAGGUGUUGCUGCACCCUAAUGGUCCUCUGUCAUGA